AUGCAGUGUACUGCGGAGCUGCUGUGCAUUUGGCCUAUCUCUGGCGCAUUGAGUACGUAUGUGUCGGAGUUUGUGGAUGUCGAGUUGGGAAUUGCGGUUGGAGUCGCAUAUUGGUUCACGUACGCCAUUGCAUUUGCAGCCCUUGUUGCCGCCACGGCUGGUGAAGCCGAGUAUUGGGAGACGCCUAAAGGUAUUCAGGGAGGGAUUCUAUUCUUCCUUGUCCCGCUGUUUCUGCUCAUACUGAAUGCAUUUGGUAUCGAGACGUACGGCUUAUUUGAGGUCGUCAGCGGCUUUCUCAAGCUCUCCUUCCUCUUAGUCAUCAUUGUCGUCAACGUCGUCAUCAACCAGGGCGGCGGUCCAGGCCCUAAGAUAGGCAGCUCACUCUAUCCCGAGAAAGUCAUUGUCCGCGACACAGAUGCUACACAGAACUGGGCGCAGGCCUUCUUCAUGAGCCUUUCUAUAGCCGCAUUCGCAUAUGUCGGUGUUGAAAUUACCGCUGCUUCGGCGCUAGAGGCUCGGGUGCCGCCAGUAAGGAAUCCGACGAAUCCCAGCGCGAUCGGAAAGACGGUCAAGUUCUCGGCCGUCUUCAUAUCGUUUGUUGCAGCGCUAUUGUAUGUCAUUGCUGGUGUUCUGGUCACACUCAACAUCGCCUGGGACGACCCAAAUCUUCCCCGCGUAAGUUGGCGCGCAAACGCCAUGGACACAGUGAGCGCGCACGGCUCCACGGCCUCCGCAUUCGUCCUCGUGGCGAAGUAUUCUGGCAUAAAAGGCCUCGCCGGCACACUAAACGUCUUCCUCAUGUUCACAGCGCUCACAUGUGCAAACACGAACCUAUACGUCGCCUCCCGGACACUCUUCAGUCUAACUAGGAGCUUGGACGGCGGAAAAGGGCAGCCCUGGUACACGCGCUUCCUAGCAACUCUCGGCAAAACGAACAACCGCAAAGUUCCAAUGCGGGCCUUAGUCGCAUCCUGCAUCUUCUCCUGGGUCCCCUUCCUCUACCUCUCUAACGCGCAUGGCCCCGAAACCGACAUCGGCACCAUCCUUGACGUGCUCUCCGAGAUGGGCUCCGUCGGCGUCGUUAUAGUAUGGGCGUGCGAAUGCUGGGCCUACAUCCGCUUCUACCACUGCAUUCGCAACAAUAAAGACGCUUUGCACGAGGUGCCGCUUGUCCGGCGCUGGAACCGCGGCACGAAUAAUCUACCGGAUGAUUUCCCGUACAGAGGCCACGGACAGCCGAUUACGGCGUAUCUUUCGCUGGCAGCGUGUCUGUUUUUGCUAGUUGUGGUCAACGGGAGUAGUCUCUGGAAUGGGUUUUACGUGCAGCCAUUUUUGUCAGCUUAUCUUGCUCCCAUCUGCUUCCUUGCUCUUUGGGGAACCCUGAAAGUUCUGAGGAAGGGCCAGUGGCAUUUGGUCGAUCUUUCAAAUGGCCAGGACGUGGCGGAUAAGAUGUUGAGACUACAUGAGAUUCGGUUUCGUAGCGCAGAGGAGGUGGGGAGGAGUGGACGGAAGGUUCAAAACCUGUGGGGUUUAUUAUAG